UACUGGGAGAGAAGUUCAAAAGUUAUGUUGAAUUCUUGUGCGGAUGUGAAUUUGUCUGAACCUUCAAGGAUAAUCCUGGUCAGAUCCGCAGUCCUCCCUUUGAGCUGGACUGUGGCUCAAUCACCGCAUCAAACUGAAAUCACAUUAUUGUUAAUUUGAUUACCUUGCUAGGAUAUUAAAAAAAUACAAUGAAAUAGCACAUUAUUUGAGAAAUGUAUCAAAUAGUCCUGUUUAAGGUUGACUGGAUGACUAUAAAACCCAUGACACUACAAUCUUUAGAAAAACCAUCCCGUGAGCUGGAUUUCCUAUGACCGUGGCUCUGUCUGAGUGAUCCAAGUCGCUUCCGCCUUUUUAUUAUCCGGCUGUAAUCCUCAGCAGCCAGUGAGCUGCCAAACGGGAUCUUAGGAGCAGAGUAAACCUCAACCUGAAGUCUUCACCUUCCCAUCACAUCCCGCUGCAGGAAGAGGAGAUGAGAGGAGCUCUCUAACAGGACAGAGAUCAUUCUGCUUGUGCUGAUUGAUUUAAAAAGAAGAAGCAGCCAACAGGGAUAAAAAUAUUUAUGUUUUUGGAUCUAAAAUCCAAAAUUGUAGUCAGCUUUUCCAGAAGCGGAAGAAAAACAACACGGUAAAGCGAUGGACAUCGGUGGUUUGGAAACUGUCGUAGCAAACUCAGCUUACGUGUCAGCCCGAGGCGGCGCGGAUGGAUGUGCAGCAGCCGCCAUGCGUGACAAAAAAAUGCGUGCCAGGCUGAAACUUCCUCACAUCAGAGACUGCCAACACAUGAAGACCACUGUAGACACAACCUUUGAAAGCAUGUGUACCAAACAGCCCAUCGGCAAGCGCUUGUUUCAGCAGUUCCUCCAGAGUAGUGCCGCCUACAAAGAUGCUGGAGAGCUAUGGAAAGACAUAGAAGACUACGAUAUAAGUCAGGAAACCGACAGGUUGCAGAAGGCCCGGAGAAUGGUCAACACGUAUUAUGAGACGGCUUCAAAGCAUUUCUGCAGUUUCCUCGAGGAGAAAGCCAUCAUUCGCAUUAAAGAAGACCUGAAGAACGCCCGUGCUGACCUGUUCAAGGAAAGUGAGCAGCAGCUGCUCCAACACCUGGAGAAGAAGGCCUUAGAUGAGUUCAAGAACAGCAUGUUCUUCCUACGUUUCGUUCAGUUCAAAUGGCUGGAGAGCCAGCCCUUUGAUGAAGAGUGGUUCAUGGACUUCAGGGUUCUAGGUAAAGGAGGGUUUGGGGAAGUGUUUGCCUGUCAGGCGAAAGCAACGGGUAAAAUGUACGCCAACAAGAAGUUGGAGAAGAAGAGACUUAAAAAACGCAAAGGCUACGAGGGAGCGAUUGUGGAGAAGCGUAUCCUUGCAAAAGUUCACAGCCGUUUUAUAGUGACACUGGCUUAUGCAUUCCAGACCAAGACUGACCUUUGUCUGGUCAUGACCAUUAUGAAUGGGGGAGAUCUCAGAUUUCACAUGUAUAACGUAGACGAGAAGAAUCCAGGGUUUGAUGAGAAGAGAGCACGGUUUUACACAGCUCAGAUUAUCUGUGGGUUGGAGCAUCUUCAUCAGCACAGGAUCAUCUACCGGGACCUGAAGCCAGAGAACGUUCUGCUGGACGACACAGGUCAUGUCCGGCUGUCAGAUUUGGGUCUUGCUGUCGAGCUUCCACCUGGAAAGGAUAAAACUACAGGCUAUGCUGGGACUCCAGGUUUCAUGGCUCCAGAGUUGCUACAGAAGAUAGAAUAUGACUACACGGUGGACUACUUUACUUUGGGUGUCACCCUGUACGAGAUGAUUGCUGCUAAAGGUCCAUUUAGAGUACGAGGAGAACAGGUGGAAAACGACGAGGUUGCUAGAAGAACCUUGAAUGAUCCUGCUUUCUACCCGCCGAGCUUCAGCAAGGAGUGCAAAGACCUUUGUGAAGGUCUGAUGGAGAAGGACCCGCAAAAACGACUGGGCUUCAAAGACAAUGAAUGCACAGAGCUCAAAAAUCAGCCAUUCUUCAAAGAAAUUAACUGGGGACGCCUGGAAGCAGGCGUGCUACCUCCACCAUUUGUCCCUGAUCCCAAAAUGGUCUACGCCAAAGAUAUUGAUGAAGUGGGUGUGUUCAGCACAAUCAAAGGAGUGGUCCUGGACGACAAGGAUGCAGAGUUUUACAAUGACUUUGCUUCUGGAAACAUCCCAAUUCCCUGGCAGGAAGAGAUGAUAGAGACGGGCGUGUUUGGAGAAAUGAACGUCUGGGACGAGGGCGGCAAGCUGCCCAAUGAUCUCGACCCAAACUACAUAGAGGCCAAAGGUGGAGCCUGUGUGCUGCUGUGAGCGAGAGACGGCUCACAUGGAACUGAUAACAGAGUUUUCAGUGAAGAUGUUUUGUCUUCUCUUACCAACCGAAACUCCUUUGAACCAGGUUUGAUUUAGGGUCACAGGGUCAAUUAAGAGAGAAACGUAGAGAAACUCCCUGCAGGAGAGAGGUGGGUGGAAGGCACCGUGUACGUGACUGAUAAGAUAUAAAAGGAGAAUUUUAUGUGUUAAGCUUCACUUCCUUCCUUCCUUCUUCCUUCUUCUCUCUUACUUUUCUUUUCUCAGGCGCUGAUAUUUACUCUGAUUUUCUAAAUAAAAUAUCUAAAGAUAAAUGCGCAUUUCUCUGAUUGAUUCAGUGUUUCGCUCUCUCCCAAAACGAUAAAGAUUUUUCCUAAACACCUUUCAGUAAAUCUUAAGCACAAAUACACAACUGCAUUUAUUUUUUAGUCUAUAAAAUAUCACAGUGUUAAAGUAUUACAUAACAAACAUGGCUAAUGUCAAAUGAAUAUAAUGUAAACUUAUAAGAUUAUCUGCCACUGUUGUAUGAAUGAAAAUGUGUCUAUGUACAGAUGUUGUAGAAAAUAAUAGUUAAAAGCAUUUAAUAAAAAUGUGACAAGCAAAAAUAUAUUCUGUCUUCCUCCUCUUAAAGGGUUUGAAAUUAAAAUAUAUUUUUCCUUUCACAAAAUGGGUUUGAAUUU